CUUCUGAGUUUUGAGUGGCAUCAUUGUCGUAGCCGCAUCGUUUUCGUAAAAUCUGCGCUUUGUGCAAGGGUUAGCUUGCGGACUGUAAAAUUCGGAAGUAAUAACUAAAAGUUUUCAAAAAUGGUGAAUGUACCAAAGCAAAGACGCACCUUUUGCAAAGGUAAAUGCAAGAAACAUACCUUGCACAAAGUAACUCAAUACAAGAAAGGCAAGGAUUCUAUCUGGGCUCAAGGUAAAAGAAGAUACGACAGAAAACAGCAGGGUUAUGGUGGUCAGACCAAACCUAUUUUUAGGAAGAAAGCUAAAACAACCAAGAAAAUUGUUCUAAGAAUGGAAUGUUCCGAAUGCAAAUACAGAAAACAAUUACCUAUCAAACGCUGCAAACACUUUGAAAUCGGUGGUGACAAGAAGAGAAAGGGACAAAUGAUCCAGUUCUAAUCUGUAUGUCGUGUCUUGUACAGUCGUUUGGAAUAAAAUCUUAAGAUCUA